UCAGAGUGUACUGAAAACAUGUAUUCUAUGUGACAUGAUCUCUUACUGCAGCGAGGAGCAUAGAAUCUUGCACCGAAAUCAGCAUGAGAUGAUCUGUUCCGCUAUAAUAAAGGUAAACCAGCGGAAAGGGAUAAAGAACAUUGGAAUAAUGACGACACAUAUAUGGAGCAAGUAUCAAAAGGAAAAUAUAACAUCUAUACAGGAAAUUCUAUGUCGUGAUCUAGAGAAGUACGAAAAGCAAAUGUUCCUAUUCGCAAAGUCAUGUCACAUGUGUCGUAAACAGGUCAACUUGGUUGGGACUUGCGCAAAGUGCAUGUCUAUCAACAGUUGUCCUGAGCACUCAUCUACUGAUGAUCAUGAAUGCUCCAUACUGCGACUUUGUUUCCAAUUAGAUGUUUGUAGCUCUACGUCGGAUAUACCGAUUAGCACAAUCCCGAAAGUAUGUCUGGAUUUUAAUGGCGAUUUUACCGACAUGCAUUCAUUUAUAGAUCGCUUUUGUGCAGUGCGAAAUUCUAACGAAGUAACUGUAACUUCUUGGUUGCCAUUAGAUUAUUUAAUUAGUGAAAAGCUCUCAGGUCCGAUGACGCUAUGUAAUGUUCUUGUGAAAGAAGAAUUAUUAAUUGUACUGCCAAUAAAUCAUUUCAUCGAAAUUCAUAUUAUUGCUGAAAGUACAAUGGAUAUGCUCAGUUUAUCAGCAUGGGAAAUGGUCUUGCAUGUUUUUCCCCCGAAUACAAAGCUGGUAAUUGUAACGAUUGGAAAGAAAGCACCAUAUAUUUGGUUUGAAUUUCAAGUUUGCGAACAAUGCAAGCAACAACAUAAAACACUUCGUUAUAAAAGUCAUCCUAUGUCAUACACUAGAUAUACAAUCUGGUACGGAAGAAUACGACCAAUUAUAAUUCUAGUAUUUCAUGACGAGCAUGAGGAUGACCUGCUAUCAGUUGAAACUUUGAGAACGUUACAGCUUAUAGGUUGCCCAAUAAUAUUAACGACUAAAGUGAUCAAUAUGGCCUUGGAGCUCGCAGUAAAGAUAAAACAAGCAUUAACUUUCGAUAAACCUUUGCCAUUCCGUAUUUGCAACAUCAAUAAUUUCGCGUCUCGUAGACCACAAAGAGACUUUCGGAGUGGCUCAGUAUUUUACUCUAAUAGAUAUUUAGUUAUAUAUGAUAAUCUAAGUAUUUGAGUUAUCCAGCUCAA